UGUCUCAAUACACAUUAGUGCUAUUAUUUUGAUAAACUCAAUUUUUUAGAUAAAAUUAAUACUUCCAUCAUAUACUUUUAUCCACAACAACAAUAUAAUUGAAUACAGCGUUGAUAUUUCAAGACAAUCAUGUGUUUGAAAUUUCCAAUAUGCUGCUUUUUGUACAUGGAAAACUUCGUUUUGAUGUAGCAUAGAGUUUUGAGACACCGAAAAAGUUUCCUUUUUAAAAAUCCAAAGAUGGGGAUCUUUACCGGUGCGCUGUUGAUUUGUGUAACUGCAGUUGGUGUUAUCGUCCUGCAACGUUCAAUGCAACCAAAGUUGACACCAAUUGGAGAUGGUUAUGUGGGACCUGGCUGGAGAAACGUCUCCGAUAUAUUUAGGAAGAAUGUUGAGAAUGGUCUAGAGAGGGGUGGUGCCUUUGCUGUAUAUUACAAAGGACGUUUGGUUGUAGAUCUGAGAGGUGGAUAUGCCGAUGUCGAAGCAAAACUUCCUUGGAGUAAGGAUACCAUCAGUCAGCUGUUUUCUACCACAAAGGCUAUUGGGGCAAUAACCAUAGCACAUCUUGUUGACAAAGGCCUUCUAGAUUACAAUAAGCCUAUAGCUACAUACUGGAAAGACUUUGCUCAGAAUGGAAAAGAAAAAAUAACAUUAAAGAUGUUCUUAAGUCACCAGGCUGGUUUGGGAUUUAUGGAUGAAAGGUUCCACAUGAAGAUGAUACUCACUAACUGGCUGAAGGCUGGGGAGAUCCUAGCCAGGCAGAAACCUGAGUGGGAACCAGGUACACGUCAUGGGUAUCACAUGAUAUCAUUUGGCUUAUAUCUUGACCAAAUUGUGCGUCGUGUUGAUGAUGAACAAAGAAGCCUGGGGCAGUACUUCCAUGAAGAAAUCGCAAAGCCCUUUGGUUUGGACAUUUUCAUUGGUCUACCAUUUGAAGAGAAUUAUAGAUGUGCAAGAAUCUAUACAAGGCCAUUGACGGACUUGCUACAGACAUCUUGGAACUCUUGGAGAGACACAUAUGCGUUUUGGACGAGCAGUGGCAGUAAAACUCUUUUGAGUAAAGUUGAGAAUAGUUUUGCAGAACUGCCAAAAGGAGAGAUAUUGGUUUACAAUCGUCCACAUUAUCGAUUAAUUCCAAAUUGUGCUGCAUAUGGUUUUGGUACACCAGUUUCCGUCGCUAAACUUAUGAGUUUUAUGUCUCAUGGCAUUGACAUAGAAAGAAGCAAAUCUCUACUCACUCGUAAAACUGUGAAGAAACUUCUCCAAAAGCAAGUUUCUGGUCAUGAUGAAGUACUUUCCCGAUUUAGGGAAAAUGGCACAUCUAUGUUUUCAUUAGGACUUCAAAUAAAAGAUCAUCCUGUUUAUCCGGGAAAGCUGGUAUAUGGUCAUGAUGGAUAUGGUGGCCAGACUGGUUUCUUUGAUAUGGAGAAAGAUUUAGCAUGGGGUUAUGUGACCAAUCAUAUGUCAUUCUCCAUGUCCAAUGAUGAUCCUUAUUACAUGGAACUUGUCAAAGCCAUGUACAGUGCAGUAGAAUUUCUAGAAAAUAAAAAGGAGUAG